AUGAGCAAUCAUCAUCAACAACAACAACACUUUGGGAGUAGCAGUAGGCAACUCUCAUCAUCCUCAUCACAUCAAUACAAUAGCAGCAAUCGAGACAGCUACAACAGAGAUAACAGAGAUAGUAGAGACAAUAGAGAGGGUAGAGAUAAUAGAGACUCUUACAGAGAUAACAGAGAUAACAGAGAUGGUAGAGAUGGGAGAGAUAGUAGAGACAACUACAGGGACUCAUACAGAGAUAAUAGAGAUGUUAGAGAUAGUAGAGAUGGUAGAGAUGGUUAUAGAGAUAAUAGAGAUAAUAGAGACGGCGGUCAUCAUUACAAUCAACAACACUCACAACAUCAACAACAACAACUACCACCUCCGCAACAACAACAUCAUCAACAACUUCAACAACAACAACUACUACAACAACAACAAUUACAACAACAACAACAACAAGUUAAUACAAGCAAGAUAAAGAAGGGAUUCAAACUGAUACACCAAAAGGUCGUGUUGAGUAUCGAUGUGGAGAAUGCUACGAUCGAGGGAUACACAGAGCUGAUAGUGCAGCCACAGACAAGAAAGCUUCGACAGGAUAAGAUCAGGUUGAACUCGAGGCAACUACAGGUGACGCGAGUCGAGGUCAACAAUGUGGACACGCAGUUCACCAUGCGCAACUAUCUAGAAUGUGUCGUCGACUCGACUGACCUCCGAGACAUGGACUCUUACCUAGCCUACACCCGUGCCGCCACACACUACUCUGACGAGGGUGAGCUGAUCAUCGACAUCCCAGCAUCAGUAACCUUCUACGAAGGUGUAGCAGCUGCACCAAAUGAAUCAACUCCAGCAACAUCAACCACAUCGACGGCAACUACAACAGCCGCAGCAACUACUAAUUCAAACACUCAGAUGAAUGGGAACACAACAAACAAUGAGGAGAAGCCAAAUACCAAUAGCGAGAGUGUGGACAAUGCAGCAGCCACACCAGUAGCAGCGACUUCGACAUCCACAGCGACAACCACAACCACAGACACAGACACAGCCACAGCCACAGCCACAACCACGACAGCCACAAGUACUGGACCAUCUCAAUCGACUCCACAACCUUCACAAUCACAACAGCUGACGAGACAGCAAUCAACAGCGAACCAACAAUCAUCAUCACAGAGACAACAUAUUCAGUUCUCAGCACUCUUUGUCAAGGUGCACUACAAGUUGGUGUCGCCCAAGGGCGGCCUGGUGUUUGUGCCCGCCGACAGCGAGGUGCCCAAUCGAAGAGCACACUGCUACACAAUGUCACAGCCAGACAGCACGCGAAUGUGGCUGCCAUGCUGCGAUCUCCUUGGCGAGAAGUGCACGUGGGAGCUCGAUCUGACCACCAGCUCAGACCUCGUCGUAGUGUCGUCGGGUCAGCUGCUCGAGAAGGUAGCCACCGACGACGAGACACGCAACACCUUCCACUAUCGUCAGGACAUACCAACGUGCGCGCCAGCGAUCGGCUUUGCAGUGGGCCCGUUCGAGAUCUACCCAGACCCCGUGCUGAACGGCGUCAACCACUUCUGUCUGCCGCACAGGCUGUCUGACAUGAAGCACUCAGUGCACUUCCUCUCGACGGCAUACAAGUUCUAUGAGGAGUACCUCGGCUCGCAGUUCCCCUACAGCUCGUACAAGCAGGUGUUUGUCGACGACCUGCCCGACAGCCAGUCCAGCUACUCAACGCUGGCAGUGCUCAGCGCACAGCUGCUACACUCGCCACGCAUCAUCGAUCAGACGUUCGACACACGUACCAUCAUGGCGAGCCAGCUGGCCGAGCAAUGGUUCCGAUGGUACAUUGGCGCAAAGACGUGGAUGGAUAUAUGGAUGAGCCAAGGUCUGUCGGGUCAUCUGGCCUCGAUGUUCAUCAAGAAGACAUUCGGCAUCAAUCACUAUCGCUACCAGCUGGCCAAGGACAUCGACUACGUCUGCCGUCUGGACACGGGCAUGCAGCCGCCCAUCUCCACUGAGCUUUUCUCCCACCCCAUCGACCUGUUCUCUGAGUUCCAGCGACGAAAGGCACCGCUGGUCAUCUACAUGAUAGAGCGAAGGAUCACCGAAGAUGGUCUGCGUAAGGUACUUAACAGCAUGCUCGUCAGUCAGACUGGCAACGAACCCAUCGAGACCAUCAUGCCCACAAAGAAGUUCCUCAAGAUGAUCAAGACACUCACUGGAAAUGAUCUCAAACAGUUCUCUGAGAAGUGGAUCUUUGGCAAGUGUACUCCCAACUUGGUGUGCGGAUUCUACUUCAACAGGAAGCGACAUCAGACUGAGUUCGCUCUGAAACAGGUGUAUCAUCGACCAGAGGACAAGAUAUCGACGACAGUCAUGCUCAAGAUCACUGAGCUGGACAAGACUUAUGAGCACACGAUCAACAUUGAUGAUGACUGCUUCGAGUUUGACUUCCCCUGCCACUCAAGAAUCAGGAAGAGCAAGAAGAAGAAGAUCAGACAGGACGAUGGCGAGGAGAUGGAGAUCGAUCUGUCGCAGAAGCGUGAGACGCCGUUGCUGUGGCUCCGUCUUGACCCAGACAUUGAGUGGCUGCACAAGAUCACCUUCAAGCAGCCAGAGUACAUGUGGAUACAUCAGUUGGAGUUGGAUCGAGAUGUGAUUGCACAGGGCGAGGCAUUGCGCGGUCUCUCCACAUUUGUCAGCUCGACCUCACUCCGUGCCGUCUUCAAGUUCUUCUCCAAUCAAAGACAAUACUACAAAGCCAGAAUGGACGCUGCCAUGGUCAUAUCAAAGCUGACAUGUAAAGAAACAAACUAUGAGGGCAUUGAUCUGAUGGUCAAGUAUUUCAAGUCGAUGUACUUCAACGCGGAGAGUCAUUUAUUGGACGAGAACAACUUCUCCGACUUUGUUGGAUACUACAUCAAGAAGAUCACACCGAUAUCAUUGUCUUUGGUCAAGGACAAGGAGGGUCGAACACCCGCCGACGCCAUCCUCUUCCUGAUCGACGUGCUCAAGGACAACGACAACUCAUCCAACCAGUACUCGGACUGCUACUACCUGGCGGCGAUCAUAUCAUCGUUCACCAAUGUGCUCACCAACAACCAGGCACUGAUCAAGAAGAUGCUCAAGCAGACCAACCGCUAUCUCAAGUUCGACCAGCUGUUCCCAUGCUACAAGAACGUCAUCACGGUAGAGUGUCUCAACGCCCUCUGUCACUUCCAGGCACAAAAGUACAUUCCCGUCGACCUUGAGUUCUUCCUGGAGCACACACAACCACGCCACCACGAGAAGGUCCGCAUGGCCGCAUUCGCCUGCUACUACCGUCUCUCCUACCUCUUCCAACAAUACACCAACAUCACCGUCAAGUCCGGACACUUUAGCUACAUGCUCGAUCAGUUCGACAAGGAGAGCUCACUAGUUGUCAAGAACUUCCUUCUCAGCCUUGUUGGUACUCCACCUCCAUCUCUCGAUGACAGGCAAUACAUAUCCUUGCUCAGAGACGACCACCAUCUAGUGGAGAGACUGUGGACAUACUUGAACUCAAGCGCCACAUGCUAUGACUUCCAGCUGCGGCUUGCCCUCCAGAGGAUAUACAGGUAUCUGUAUGGACCCAAGACACCUGGCAUCAUUGAGCACCGAAGGAAGCUGAAGUUGAAGAAUGCUUCGUCAAGUCAGAGGAAAGGCCCGAAUGACAUGCCGUCCCAUUCAAAGCCUGGCAACCCUCACAGAUCCUCGUUGGACAGACACCCUUCAUCGAUGUCAUCUUCGUCCUCGGCCUCAACGUCAAUGCUCAAGAAGAGGAAGGCCAAUGAUAUGCUGCCACCAGAUAUGCAGGAGCUUGGCGAUCUACCAACCACCUCCACAACCACGACCACCUCCACUACCACAACUUCAACAACAGCGUCCUCUGGUGAGCCAUCCAGACCAAGGGACAGGGACAUCACCCCACACAAAGAGGGCCCAUUCGACUUGGGAGACUCCAAGGAUGAGCUGUUGAGACAGCUGAUCAAGGAGGACAAUGACGAGGACUUCAAGGACCUGAUCAGAGAGAUGAAGUCUAGGAAGCGCGACAGGAAGGACCAUCGUGAUCAUAGAGACCCGCAACAGACCAUCGAGAGUCUGGACAAGGACAUUGCUCGUGACCUCACCAAGGAGCUGAAUCGCGAGUACAAGGAGCGCGAUGCAUACCUGGCGUCACUGGACGACCUCCAACUUGAAAUGGAGAACGACGAGGACUUUAAGAAGGACUUGGAAUUCAUUGAAGACCUCAAGCAAAGAGACAUGCGAUCGAGAGAAAGGAAGAAGCAACGAAAGGAGCAUCAUGGCAGUGAACAUAGAGAGCACAGGGAGCACAGAAGCGAGAGGGAGCACAAUAGAGAGAGCAGAGAGAGUAGAGGCGAGACAAGGGACACACCCAAGCUCAGUGCAAGAGAGUUUAGGGAUAUCAAGGAGGAGGAGCUUGAUGACAUGGUGAUGAAGGAUGCCCACCCCAUUAGAGAACAUCGCGAACCACGAGAGCAUAGAGAGCGCAGCAGCCACUCUGGCGUUGACAGUGCGCAGAAGGAACACAAGACUGAACACAAGGACAAGAGCGAGCACAAGGACAAGAGUGAACAUAGAAGCGAGCAUCGUGUGCAUAGAGAGAAGAGGGAGCGAUCAUCACAUCAUGGACGAGACAAGGAACCAUCUGCCGCCGAACAACAAGCACAGAUCAAGCGCGAUCAGGAGCGAGACAAGCAUCAAGUCAUCGAGCACACUCAAGAGACUACAUUGCCCGCUGUCAAGGUUGAGGGUGGACAGGUGCCGCUCAAGUCGUCGCUCAAGUUCCCCAUUCGCAUCAAGCAGUCCGACUCAAGCAUACCAGUGGUUGUGGCAACCGCACCCGCAGCAGUCCACCAGGACACGUCGCCAUUGGUCGUGGUCGAUCAACCGCGUCCAGCAGAGAUGAAGCGAAAGAUCAUCAUCAAGCCACUGAGCAAGAGUGGCACAACAUCGCCAACUACACCAGUACUCGAGUCCUCUACCAGUGCCACGCAACCAAUAGAGUCGGUGACUGGAACACCUGUACUUACAUCAUCCACGACCUCCACAUCGACGCCGCCACAUGUGGCCGAGUCUACAGGCGAUGCCAGUGCCGUACCAGCUGCAGCCGAUCAACCAAAGAAGAAGAUGGUCCUGAAGAUCAACCUUGGCGCUACCAAAAUAAACAAAGAGAUAUAG